AUGGGCAUGGGCAUAGAUAUGGGCAUGACUUUUCUCUAUCUCUGGGCUCUGUUGCCAAUUGCUUGGAGAUUUGUGACAGCUUUACCUCCUCCGCAACAGCCCAUCUUACCAACGGAGAGCACUCCAAUUGCAAGCUCGGCAGAGUCAGCAAACUUGCCCCUGGUGGUUUGGCAUGGUCUCGGCGACAACUACAAAGCUGAAGGCCUUCAAUCGAUUGGGGAGCUACUCAACGACACCAUUGGAAACACAACCACAUACUAUAUUCGUCUUGAUGGUGAUCCUUCCGCCGACCGCACUGCCACUUUCCUGGGAAAUGUGACCCUGCAGGUUCAGAAAGUAUGCGACGAUCUAGCCUCGCAUCCGAUACUCUCCAAAGCACCGGCCAUCAAUGCGCUCGGCUUUUCCCAAGGCGGCCAAUUCCUUCGAGCUUACGUUGAGCGCUGCAACAGUCCCAGGGUGGAGAAUCUUGUGACCUUUGGAAGCCAGCACAACGGUAUCAGUGAGUUUCAAGAAUGUGCUACCAACGAUUGGUUAUGUCAGACCUGGCGCGGUGUCCUGAAAAGCAAUGCAUGGGGUUCAUUUUCGCAAAGUAGACUGGUACCCGCGCAAUAUUAUCGAAACCCUGAGGAUUUGGAUAAUUAUUUCGAAUACAGCAACUUUCUGGCUGACAUAAAUAACGAAAGGAAGGUAAAAAAUGACACCUAUAAAGAAAACAUGAAGAAGUUGGACAGAUUCGCCAUGUUUAUGUUCGCAAAUGAUACAACGGUCGUACCUAAGGAGAGUGCAUUUUUCAGUGAGGUAAAUACUACGAGUGAGGAAGUGACGAAGCUGCAAGAAAGGGACAUCUAUCAGGAAGAUUGGAUUGGUCUGCGCUUUCUGGACGAAAAGAGAAGACUCGAUUUCAGGAUCGCUGAGGGUGGACACAUGCAGCUGAGCGACAAUAUCCUCACAGAUGCCUUCAACAGAUAUUUCAAGUCGCGCAAUAAAGGUGGUCUUGACUGA